AUGGUAGUGGAAUGGAAUAAUUUAUUUGUACCAUGUAUUGUUGUACCACGUAAUCCUUAUAUUAUUUUCUUCUUGAUGUCAGAGGCUUCUGAUUAUGCAUGCAUUAGAAGAAAGAAAAUAAAACUUGGGUCAUCAGAACUUCAAGUCUUCAGAGUCUUCAAAACUUCGUCUUCAGAACCCUUUGUCUUUCAGAAACAUAAGUCUUCAGCAUCUAGACUUGUUCAUCAAAACUUUUGUCUUCAGAUCUUCAUAACUUGGUUUCUUGACCGUGUAUCAGAUUUCACACUUCAGAGCCUUCUGAAGCGGUUUGCUACUGUUCAUCAGAACUUAUAUAGUGCAGAAGUGAAACUUGGUCUCUUCUAA